UUUGGCAAAGUAUCCCAAAGAAAAACUAAAAUCUUUUUGGAAUCCCACAAAGGAAAAUCAAAUGGGAUCAUCCUUGUGUUGCUGUUGCUGUGGAUCUGAGAAAGUUGAUGACAGGAUGGCAAUUGGAGGAGGUAACACCCAAUGGAGAAUAUUUACCUACAAGGAGUUGCAUACAGCUACCAAUGGAUUCAGUGAGGAUAACAAGCUUGGUGAAGGAGGGUUUGGAAGUGUUUAUUGGGGAAAAACUUCAGAUGGCCUUCAGAUAGCAGUGAAGAAGUUGAAAUCUAUGAAUUCAAAAGCAGAGAUGGAAUUUGCAGUGGAAGUAGAAGUACUAGGGAGGGUAAGGCACAAGAACUUGUUGGGUCUGAGAGGGUAUUGUGCAGGGGGUGCUGAUCAAAGACUCAUAGUGUAUGAUUACAUGCCCAAUCUGAGCUUGCUUUCUCAUCUCCAUGGUCAAUUUGCUGGUGAAGUUCAGAUUGAUUGGAAAAAAAGAAUCAACAUUGCAAUUGGCUCUGCUGAAGGACUCUUGUACUUGCACCAUGAAGUAACACCCCACAUCAUUCAUAGAGACAUAAAAGCGAGCAAUGUGCUCUUGGAUUCAAAUUUCGAACCACUUGUAGCUGAUUUUGGGUUCGCAAAGCUAAUCCCAGAUGGUGUUAGCCACAUGACUACUCGUGUGAAGGGCACUUUGGGAUAUCUAGCACCAGAAUACGCUAUGUGGGGAAAAGUCUCUGAAAGUUGUGAUGUGUAUAGUUAUGGGAUUCUUUUACUUGAAAUACUCACCGGUAGGAAGCCCAUAGAAAAGCUUCCCGGUGGUAUCAAGAGGACAAUUACCGAAUGGGCCGAGCCUUUGAUACUCAAAGGAAGGUUCAAGGAACUUGUUGAUCCAAAACUCCGAGGAAACUUCGAUGAAAACCAAUUGAAACAAGCAAUCAAUGUCGCUGCAUUGUGCGUCCAAACUGAGUCUGAGAAAAGGCCUACCAUGAAAGAAGUAGUUAGCCUUUUGAAAGGGUAUGAUGCCCCUAGAGGAAAGGCUAUGCAUAAUAGGAUUGAGAGUGUCAAGUAUGGGGAAGACUUGAUGACAAAUCAAACUAGCGAUGAUGAAGAUGGUGUUGCUUGUGAUGAAAGUAGUGCUUAUGGAGUGUUUGGUGCCAUGGAUGUGCAAAAGAUGCAAGACCCUUAUAAGCGAUUUGGAGAUAGAAGAGUGGCCAAACAUGGUUAAGGUAGAGGUUAUUUCUUACUCAAGAUGUGUUGAUAUGAAAAUCCACAUUUUGUUUUUCCAGUAAUAGGAAAAUCAAGACUAUGAGAAGGAAUUGUCUUUUUCUUUUGUUUUUCCUCGUAGGAAAUAGUAAGUAUGAAGAAAUUGUAAUAAGCAUUGUUUUUCUAUUCUUUUUAUUUGUUUAUUUUAAUGUAAUAUUGAUUAACUUGAAAAAGUAGCUUCAAAUCAUCAAAGGGUUUGUCAACAAUAAUGAAA